UCCCACCUCUAGUCUGCGACCGACCCGACAAAAUUAUGCGUACGCUCCGCUUUUUUUUUAUUUAUUUUUUCGUAAUCCGAACGCCCUGCCGCCCAUGGAAAUGAAAUGAAAAAUCGCACAAGACCGGAAAAGUGCCAAGUUAAAUGUUCGCAGUGUGCUGUGCGUGCGAGUGGUGGCGAUAAUUAAAAAAUGAAAUCUCAGGCGACGCCGAAAUAAAAAACAAAAAAACGUUGCAGCAACAACGUGCGUGCGUGUGUGCGACUGUGUGUGUGUGUUGGUAUAUGUGAAGAGCCAGGCGAGCGAGUGAGAGGGCAAUAGGAGGCAGAAGAAGAGGAAGAAGCGGCGGAAAAGAGAACGAAGAAAGGUGGGGAAAAGCGAAAAAGGCGAACGAAAACGCACUCGAAAAUGAAAACUGCUGUAUGAAAAGCCAGGGAAAGCCAACGAUCUAUUAGGCCCCAUCUUACUCUUUUGGCUGGACAUCGAUAUCAUAUCACGAAAUGUGUGCGUAAGCUAGUACCGACACUUGCACUAAUACUACCAGCCAGAUCGAGAGGAUUUUGCGAAAAACUGAAAACAAGAAUCGCUCUCUUUUCCGAGAGCGAGGGGGAGAGAGAAAGGAGGGGGCAACGCAAACAAAUUGGAAUAAAUUGUAGAAAUUUAAAGCAAAGUAAACAACUCAAAAGGCAGGAAUUCAAAGCCAAAGUAAACAACGCAAGGAAAUGGUAUAAAUUAUCCCGAAGCUCAGAGCGUUAAAAAGCAGUGAUUCGAUUGCAGAAAUAUUUUAUUUAGUAUCUCCUCCGAUAGCUCGUCCAAUUCUGAAGCCCAAAAGAUAUAGUACAACACUGUAAUACGCCAGAUUUGUUUUUGAUAUUAUCGUUUGUCUGUAAUCGGUGCGAAAAUAUAUUCUCAAAACCCUUUUCCAAAUUCUAAUCGGUCGAAAAAUGGGUGACAUAAAUUAAUAAAAUUGGUAUGAUUUCUUUCAGGUAUUUUCUUUUAUGAAAUGCGAGUGUGCCUGCUUGUUUUUAUAGCAAAUCGAAAAUGUGAGAGUCAACCUAUUUUUUUGAGUGCAACCAAGUGGUGAUUUUUUAAUGUGUGCCUAAGCUGGUUAAUUAAAUUUUAACUUUUGAAAUCCGAAAAUAGCAGCCGCUUCCGAAGCCAGAACUUUGAAAAGUCGAAGCUGAAUUUCCCCCGAUUUUCCCGGUUUUCCGUUUCCCGCGAAUCUGCAAGCCGCGCUGCCGGCGUCGCUGCCGCUGCCGACGUCGCCGAUCCCGUUUCACGCGUCGCCGCUUCGUCUCGCCGUCUCGCUCGUUGCCCCCAGCCCCCCGCCACCCCUCUCUCUCCGGCCCGCCCCCUCCCCACUAAAAACAAAAGAAAAACACGCUGAGAGGAAGAGAGAGAGAGAGAAAGCCAAGCCAAGAAACGUCAUCAAGCGGCAAUAACAACAAAAGCAUCAUCGGCGGCAACAGCAACAACAACAACCAAACGCAUUUCAUUGCCAAGAGAAAAACGGUCAACGACAUUGCAACAUCAACAACAACAACAACAACAGCAAGGGAGGAGAAACAACAUCGCAACAACAUUGGCCAAGAGCAACAACAACAAAACAGCAAUAAACGAGAGACUGCAGCAACAACAACCACAACAAGCGUACCAACAAAUAGGAAAAUAGGAAAAUGCCCAAAUGCGAUGUGAAAACGCGCUACAUUCCUGCGACUUUCGCCUGGAUUGUACUGCUUUUGACCACAUGUCUCUUCUUCUUCUAUCCCUGCCAGUACUACGUGAAGAGCCACCCAUGGGUGCUGGCCUACCAGGGCGUGAUCACAUUCUUCGUGCUGGCCAACUUCACGCUGGCCACCUUCAUGGACCCGGGCAUCAUCCCCAAAGCCUCGCCCGACGAAGACUGCGAGGAGGAGCUGCGCGCCCCGCUCUACAAGAACGCCGAGAUCAACGGCAUCACCGUGAAGAUGAAGUGGUGCGUCACCUGUAAGUUCUACCGCCCGCCACGCUGCUCCCACUGCUCCGUCUGCAACCACUGCAUAGAGACCUUCGACCAUCAUUGUCCGUGGGUCAACAACUGCAUCGGCAGGCGGAACUACAGGUUCUUUUUCUUCUUUCUGGUGUCGCUGUCCAUCCACAUGCUGAGCAUCUUCUCGCUGUGCCUGGUCUACGUGCUGAAGAUAAUGCCCAACAUCCGGGACACGGCGCCCAUUGUCGCCAUGAUCCUGAUGGGCCUGGUGACCAUUCUGGCCAUCCCCAUCUUCGGGCUGACCGGCUUCCACAUGGUUCUGGUGUCACGGGGUCGCACGACCAACGAGCAGGUGACGGGAAAAUUCAAGGGCGGCUACAACCCGUUCUCGCGCGGCUGCUGGCACAACUGCUGCUACACACAGUUCGGACCUCAGUAUCCCAGCUUGCUGAACCCGAAGAAGUACGCCUCGCGGAGGUCGCAGGUGCAAAACCAGGCGAUCAGCACCAUUUGCAACGACCGGAGCGGCCAGAGCACGGGUGCCGGGGGCGGGGCCGGCGGCAACGGUACCGCCGCAGCGGUGGGCGGCGGACCGGUGGGCGGCGGGGGAGGCGGGGGCGGUAUGCGCGGCACUGCGGUGCAGUACUCGCCACGCUCCUUCUACGACGCGACCCGCGAGAAGCGCGGAAUUCAGGUAAAGACUUAUAUGGCCGAGGGCAAUGGUUAUAAUCAACGGUCGGGCAGCACAACGCUUUACAGUAAGCUUUCGCCGGGACGGGAGUGCUCCGACACGGACCUGGAGCCUCCGCCCGCCUCCCAGAGCCAGGACUGCGAGCCCACGCCCCCGCUGCAGCGGCACAACUCCAGCAGCUUCUACCUGCCGCAGGUAAGCGACGCCGGAGGCCUGAACGGCAGCGUUUCCACGGGCGGCGGAGGCGGUGGCGGGGACUCGCCGCGCCACAUGCGUCUUUACCAUCCGCGUCACAGUCCGCACGCGAGGCCCAGGGGCCUGGACCCGCAGCGGGGCUACACGAGUGACGCCCUGUCGCCGGACCAUCCCGUGGGCUACGGCGUCGCCGUCGGCGUCAACGGACCGCAGCAGCAGCAGCAACAGGCACUGGCGGCGGCAGCGGCGGCGGCGGCCGUGGCAGCACAAAAUCAACGCAGCGCGGCGACCACGGCCACGCCCACCAUGCAGCAGCGGAUCAAGCCGCUGGGCGUGGCCACGCCCCUGGUGAUGGCGAGUCCAGUGCGAAGAUCCAAUCCGGGCACGCCCACCCAGCCAAGACGACCCGAUUUUAUUGGUCUGAAUGCCCAGGCGGUGGCGCAGCAGCAGCAGCAACAGCAGGCAGCGGCAGCAGCGGCCUACUAUGAGUACACCACCGGUCUGCCGCCGCAGCAUCCGCAGGCGCCCAGCAUCCACCAGCAGCAGCAGCAACUGCUCCUCCAGCAGCAGCGCGUGCUCAUGCAGCACCAGCAGCAGCAGCAGGCCCUGCAGCAGCAGCAGCAACAGGCUGCGGCGCAUGCCGCCCAUCCGCAGCACGCCGCUCUGGCGCAGGCGGCCUACGGCGGCAGUCCGCAGCGACGCUUCCUCUCCGAGGGCGAACUGGUGCGCCAGGGUGCCGGCGGAGGCGUUGCCGCCGGCGAGCUGUCCUAUGCGCGCUCCAACAACACGGUGGAUAACAUAAGGGAGCUAGCCGGCAGUCCCCAGCGAGGCGUUUACAUGUGGAAAGACACGUCGCCGGGCUUUAACAACUCCGUGGGACAGCAGCAGCAGCAGCAGCUGGGACAGCAGGUGGUAAGCAGCGGGAUUGGCAGCAGUGCGGGCACGCUGUCCAGCAGUGGAGCCGCCGCCGCCGGUGUGAUGCCGCAUGCCCAGUACAUGCAAGCGGGCGGCGGCGCGCAUCCGCUAAUAAUGACGCACUCGCGCCUCCAGGACUAUGCCAUCCAACAGCAGCAGCAACAGCAGCAACAACAGGCGGCGGCGGCAGCGGCAGUAGCCUCAUAUCAUCGCUCCAAUCCGACUAGUCCCACCACCAUGCCACAGGUGUCCGGCGCCGGCCAGAGCUAUAUAGUGCGCUACGGAGGCGGCGGAGCGGCUGGAGCCGGCGGCAGCAGUGGCAGCCUGGCCAGCGUGACGGCCAGCAAUCCAGCCACUGGAGGCGGCGGCGGCUAUCAGCCGGCCCUGCGCGGCGGAGUGGCCGUGUUCCCGCCCAAUCCGCUGGGCAAUCCCCAGACACAGCCCUCACCACAGAUUAAGCGCAAGCAAACGCCCACGCGGCCAAUGAGCUUUGUGCGCGCCCUGGAAAUGACCGACUCCAUGGAGAUGCAGUCGCUGGAUCAGCAGCAGAACGGCGGGAUCCCCGGCAGCGGAUCGGUGGGAAACAAUCAACAGGCUGGAGGAGGAGGCGGCGGCGGAGGAGGUAGUGGUGGUCACCUGAUCCAGGGCAAUGCCUCCAAUACCGGCACUCCGGAUAGGGCCAGCAUCUACGACAUGAACUACGAGAUCUCCGUAUAACCCGUGGUGGUGCCCGUGCUCCUGAUGCCGCCACCCGCCAGCCAAGCUCCGAGCGCAGCAGUGGCUGCUCCAGCUGCUGCUGCAGAUGCUCCAGUUGCCAUGGCCAGCGCCCCAAAGCAGGCACAGGGGCAGUUCUACAAUGCCCCGCUGGAGCCGGCUGCCUAUGCGUGCGUUCCUGUCCUGCCCCUGAAACCGAUAAGCAAUGGAAUAGGAACCAAUAGCCACCAGCACCUCCAUCACCAUCACCAGCAGCAGCAGCAGCAUCACCAACAUCCGCACCAGAACAUCCGAAACCAAAACCACAACCAGAACCAGAACAAACGAAAAUUUUCCACCUUCUUUUAGGAGGGGAAGCUAGCAUGUUUUUAUUUUUUUUUAUAACGAAUGAUUUGAAAGUACGCUAUAAUGCAUGAGGUGUAUCCGAAAGCCAGAGCUAUUUACACCAGAUGUGUGUGUAUAUAAGUGCACUGCUGUUGUAGCUAUCUCUAGAUCUUAAGUAAUUUUAUUAUGUAAUUAUAAUGUUUGUUUUUAUGAUUAUUUUUUUAAUGCACUUUGGAAGACCAUUUUCAUGAUCGGAUUUCAAAAAGAAUUAUCUAUACUUUUAAUGCUUUUAUACAUGAUCGAAACCGAGAAAAUAGAGUGGAGAUGAAGGAAUAUGAGAUAAAUUGAAUAACGGGCAAGGGGGAAAAGUACAGUGCGUUUCACGAGGGGAAACCCCACGCACUGUGCUCGUCCUGCCGAUCUGCUAAAUCUAUUAUACAUAUAGUACACACAUAUAUGGAAACCUUUUGCAAUCAACUUGAAAAUCGCCAAACUUUGUACGUCUUUGUCUGCCUGUGCGUGUGCCUGUCAGUCUGUCUGUGCAUGUGUGUGUUUAACAUUAGUCUUUACAAAUUUAUAUCUAUUUAUGCCAUAUAAUGUAUAUAGGAUAUGCCACGUCACGGCCCCAGGUGCAGACAACUUUGUCGUUUGUGUACAUAGGUGAAGAAGUUGGAUGGAGACGGAGGAAGAGGAACCGACUUGUGCUAGAAUACAGAGAGAUUAUAUAACGAUAUAAUGUGGAGAUCUGGACGGGAUGUUGUACUUCUUUGCCACGGGUUGUGCGAAGCAACUCCUAAUCCAGGAAAAUCUGUAAAUAGAACCCCGUUUUGUAAGAACUACCUCCCUCCUCUCCAUUCCUCAGUCCAGUGAAGUGCGAAAGGUCAAAUCGCGACCCGGGUACGGUGCGUUUCGGGUCGUAUGCCUGCAAUACUUAUUUAUUCAGCAACCUAAGGUUUCAUUCGAAGUCAUUCUAUAUGUUGAACGCACUUGAUUUCUCGCUCAGGAUAUUAAUUACCAGCAAACGGCAUCCUCACUUUCACCAGUCACCCUUACGGCCCCGAAACGCACCGUCCCCGCGGGUGCGUUACACACUCCCAGUAGAGUUUUAUAUAUUUUUUCUUCCCAUAAUUUACUUAGAAUUCGUAAGAGAGAGAGCCCUAAUCUGGAACCGCGAUUUUCGGUCCGCGUAACUUGAAUGUCGUCCAAUAUAAAUCAGUUUUGAUUUUCCUGUACAUAGGUGUAAUAACGAAUAGCGCAUGAUAAUUCUUCGGUUCGAGACUACGAGUACCAACUACGUACGACGUCUGCUUGCCUCCAUAGGCACCCCAACUUUGUUGUUAUGUUUUUAAGUGAACUUAGCUUUUAUACCGAUCCCCAAAUGUGUGUGUGUGUUCUUAGAUCAAUUCAAAGGCAUGUUUCAGUUCGAUUUCUUGGCUCGUUUGGUUCAAUCGGAAGACAAAUGGCAAAUUUCUAGCUAUAAUAUCUGUAAGAAAAUUAGCUAUGUACACGACACUCACGUGAUCCGAUCGAUCGAGAAGGAGAGAGAAUUAUACAUGUGUAAGGCGAUCAGAUCCAUCUUGCAUCAGGCCCUCUUCCCAGUCCCAUAGAUCAUGAGAAUUUGCAAGGAUCAAAACUUGUAUAGACUAUGCAAUGAGGUGGGCGACCUAGGUUUCUGGGGCGGCGAUUCUCGCCUCCAAAUUCGAUUUCUUCCACGAGCAUUAUUUGGUUUUAUCCACAGUUUUACUAGGAUUUCCAACUAUCGAAUAUUAACUUCCAGCUGUAGAGAUUUUGGUGAACAUGUUGCUGCCCCGGCCACGUAUUUCGCACGCCUUAUAUUACGGAUCAAGAGUAUAUAUUAUACACACGUAUAUUUAAGCGUUUUUUGCUAACACAUUAAUUCAUGAAUUUGCAACAAUAUUUAACAUAAAUACAGAAAUGCAUAUACAACAACAAAAAAGGACAAAAAACAAAAGAAAAAUCAAGAAAAACAAAAGUGUAAUGUAAAAUAUAACGAGAAAAGUAAGAAGAAAACGGAAGAAAUUGUUUUAGAUUUUUAUACCAAAUUUAAUUAAUGUAAAACCACGAAUUGUUUAUUUUUUGUAUACCCCGUAACCCCCGCCAGAAUGAGAGAAAUCCCUGCCAGAGAAAUCCUCGAGUUCUAAAUUGUUUUUUUUUUUUUUUUUUGUAUUGAAUACUUAUGUAAUUUGUAAAUUAUAUGACAAGUAAUCAAAUAGCAAGCAUAAACAGCAAGGCAAUUAAUAAACAAUACAAAUAAAAAUGCAAAAUGAAAUCGA